AUGGACCCCGCUUACGUCCAACAACUUCACCAGCUGCUCGAGGCCACGAUCGCGCCCGACACGAACGUGAUCAAGCAGCUUAACACUACUUUCUACAAGAACGCCAACUGUAUUCCUGCCCUUUAUGAGAUUGCCGCUACGAGCCCCAACCAGGCUAUCCGCCAGCUCGCCUCCGUUGAGCUGAGGAAACGUGUCUCUAGCGGAGACGGCAAGCUCUGGAAGAAGACCCCGGAGCCUGUCCGCCUGCAGAUUAAGCAGAACAUCCUCCAGCGUCUCACUCAGGAGAAUGCCUCCAUCGUCCGCCACGCUCUUGCCCGUGCUGUCUCUGCCAUUGCCGACCUUGAGCUCACUGUUAACCCCCCUCAAUGGCCCGACCUUAUGCCCGGCCUCUACGCCGCCGCCGGAUCAUCAGAGGUCACUCACCGCGAGUCUGCCAUCUACGUUCUCUUCUCUCUUCUUGACACUGUUGUCGACACCUUCGAGGCUCACCUCAAGAACCUCUUCGAGCUCUUCUCAAGGAGUCUCAUGGACCCCGAGUCCGCUGAGGUCCGUAUGACCACCCUCCGUGCUCUCGCCAAGGUUGCCGAGUACAUUGGUGUCGAUGACAAGCACGACAUCAAGGCCUUCCAGGAGCUCAUUGUUCCUAUGCUCAAGGUCCUUGAGAAGGCUAUUGCCGACGAUGACGACGAGGGUGUCAAGCACGGUUACGAUGUCUUCGAGACCCUCCUCAUCCUUGACACCCCUCUUGUCUCCAAGCACGUCGGUGAGCUCGUCCAGUUCUUCCUCGGCGCUGCCGCCAACCGCGACGUCGACGAGUCCAUGCGUUGCGGUGCUCUCAACGUCCUUGCCUGGAUCAUCCGCUACAAGAAGUCCAAGGUUCAGGCUCUUGGCCUCGCCAAGCCCAUCGUUGAGGGUCUCCUUCCCAUCGGUUGCGAGGAGGACCCCGAGGACAUCGACGAGGACUCGCCCUCGCGUCUCGCCUUCCGCUGCCUCGACGCCCUCUCGCAGGCUCUUCCUCCCCAGCAGGUCUUCCCUGUUCUCUCGCAGCAGCUCCAGACUUACAUGUCGUCUGCCGACCCCAGCCACCGCAAGGCUGCUCUGAUGGCCUUCGGUGUUUCCGUCGAGGGAUGCUCCGAGUACAUCCGCCCUCACGUCGACUCCCUCUGGUCUGUCAUUGAGGGCGGUCUCCGUGACGAGCACGUCGUUGUCCGCAAGGCCGCCUGUAUCGCUCUCGGCUGCCUCUGCGAGUGGCUCUCCGAGGAGUGCGCUACCCGCCACGCUGUCAUUGUCCCCAUCCUCUUCGACCUCAUCGUCGACCCCGCCACCCAGAAGAACGCGUGCACCUGCCUUGACUCGUACCUCGAGAUCCUCGGCGACGACAUCGUCAACUACCUUCCCCUCCUCAUGGAGCGUCUUCUCAUCCUUCUCGAGAACGGCCCCGUCCCGGUCAAGAUCACUGUCACCGGUGCUAUCGGCUCCGCUGCUCACGCCGCCAAGGACAAGUUCCGUCCUUACUUCGACCAGACCAUCACCCGCCUCGUCCAGUUCGUCACCCUCCAGGGCAGCGACGAGGAGAGCGACCUCCGUGGUGUUGCCACUGACACCAUCGGCACCAUCGCCGAGGCUGUCGGCUCUGAGAUGUUCCGCCCCUACUUCCGUGACAUGAUGAAGGCUGCCUUCGAGGCCCUCACCAUGGACAACACUCGUCUUCGCGAGUCGUCGUUCAUCUUCUUCGGUGUCAUGGCUCAGGUCUUCGAGGGCGAGUUCGCCGAGUACCUCCCUACCUGCGUUCCCGCUCUUGUUGCCUCGUGCCAGCAGAGCGAGUCGUCCGACGACUUCGUCGACGAGGGUGAGGCUAACGGUGCCACCGCUCGCCAGGCCGCCGAGGCUUUCGCCUCUGGCGUCGGUGCCUCCCAGAUUGCCGAUGAGGAGGAGGAGAUCGACGAGACCGACCUUGACGCCCUUGAGGCCAUGUUCGCCCGCGUCAACUCUGCCGUCGCCAUCGAGAAGGAGGUCGCCGCCGACACCAUUGGUGAGCUCUUCAACGCCACCAAGUCCGCCUUCCUUCCCUACGUUGAGGAGACCAUGCAGGUCCUCAUCGACCUCCUUGACCACUACUACGAGGGCAUCCGCAAGGCUGCCGUUGGUGCUCUCUUCCAGUACAUCAAGACCUUCUACGAGCUCUCUACUCCCCAGGAGUGGGUUCCUGGAGCGCAGGUCAAGGUCCCCUUCCACGCCGACGUCAAGAAGCUCGUCGACCACGUCCUUCCCCACAUCAUCAACGCCUGGAAGACCGAGGAUGACAAGUCUGUCGUUAUUCUUCUCUGCUCUGAGCUCGCCGACACCAUGAACAAGUGCGGCCCCGCUCUUGUUGAGGGCCACCUCGACGACAUUGCCACUCUCUCCAUCGAGAUCCUCGAGAAGAAGUCGCUCUGCCAGCAGGACCCCGACGGAGACGACGAGGGUGCCGCCGACGCCGACUCGUCCGAGUACGAGUCCGCUCUCAUCUCCAACGCUGCCGACGUCUUCGGUGCCAUGUCCACUGUCCUUGGCCCCGACUUCGCCCAGGCGUUCGGCCAGGUCCUUCCCCUCCUCGCCAACUACACCCAGCCCAAGCGCAUCUCUUCUGAGCGCUCCAUGGCUGUUGGCUCGCUCGGUGAGAUCAUCGUCGGCCUCAAGGGCGGUGUCACCCAGUUCACCCAGCCUCUGCUUGAGAUCAUCUCGCGUGGCUUGAACGACGAGGAGCCGGAUGUCCGUUCCAACUCGGCCUUCGCCGCCGGUGUUCUCAUCCAGAACUCGGAGCAGGACCUCUCGCAGCACUUCCCUGCCCUCCUCGGUGUCCUCAACCAGUUCUUCCAGGCCCCCGAGCACUCGGCCCCCGCUGUCUACAACGCUCGUGACAACGCUGCUGGUGCCCUCGCCCGCAUGGUCAACAAGAACGCUGGUGCCCUCCCGCUUGACCAGGUUGUCGGCCUCCUCGCCUCGGUCAUGCCCCUCCAGUUCGACCCCCUUGAGAACCGUGCCGUCUACUCGGCCAUCUUCACGCUCUUCCGCUCGAACCCUGCUGUUCUUGAGCCCCACCUUGAGCGUCUCCUCCAGGCCUUCGCCUACAACCUCAGCGCUGAGCACGAGGACGACACGACCGAGGAGACUCGCCAGGAGCUCCGCGCUCUUGUCGACCACCUCAAGCAGACGAUCCCGGACAAGGUCGCCGCUGUUGGUCUCUAA